AUGGGAGCUCGGACAGUCCGCACCUCCCAGCUGCUGCUCUCCAGUCGACCUGCAGCCUCGACGACAACGAUAUGCCCUCAAUGCCUGCAGAACAACGCCCUGUACACAGUCACUAGCACUCUUCUUCAGAGCCGAAAAUACCAUCCGACCCGCCGACGAAAUGUCUCGCCCAUUGGCGCCGCCGUGUCGGCCGCGCAGAACCUGUUCACCAAGGGCUUCCCAAAAGCUCCGCCGGGCGUCUCGGUCGAUCCGCUGCGCAUCGUGGGCAAGGAGCUCAAGUUUCUGAGCAAAAAUAUACGCAACUUAUUGGGCUCGGGCCAUCCGAUGCUGGACAAGGUUGCAAAGUACUAUACCUGGAGUGAAGGGAAACAUGUGCGGCCGUUGCUGGUGUUGUUGAUGUCUCAGGCGACUGCGGCAUGCAACAACAGCAACCACAGCAGCAAUCAUAAUAAUUCUUCCAACUCGACCUCCUCAUCGUCAUCAUCGUCAUCAUCAUCACAACCUUAUAAUAUCAGUCAGCCGAUUAGCUCGCCCCUCGUUCUCGCCGAUGCAAACCCAGAUACCAGUCCCUUGACAGCGCCCGCCGCGGAGCUCGAAGGCGUGUUUGGCGAAGACCCCAAUAUCCUGCCCGCUCAGCGCCGACUCGCCGAAAUCACAGAGCUGAUCCACACCGCGUCGCUGUUGCACGACGAUGUCAUCGACAACGCGGUGACGCGGCGCUCGUCGAGCUCGGCAAACACACAGUUUGGCAACAAAAUGGCUGUCUUGGCUGGCGAUUUCCUGCUUGGUCGGGCCUCUGUGGCUCUCGCGCGUCUGCGGAACCCCGAAGUUAUUGAGUUGCUGGCUACCGUCAUUGCAAACCUUGUCGAGGGCGAGUUUAUGCAGCUGAAAAACACGGCUUCGGACGAGUCGUACCCGGUCUUUACAGACGAGACGAUUACUUACUACCUGCAAAAGACGUAUCUGAAAACCGCCAGCCUGAUCAGCAAGUCGUGCCGCGCGGCUGCCCUGCUGGGCCAUAAUAACACGCCCGAGACGGUGGAAGCUGCGUAUUCGUAUGGCCGGAACUUGGGACUGGCGUUUCAGCUUGUGGAUGAUAUGCUGGAUUACACGGUCAGUUCGACGCAGUUUGGCAAGCCUGCGGGCGCAGAUCUAGAGCUGGGGCUGGCUACUGCACCGUUGCUGUUUGCAUGGAAGCACAAUCCUGAGUUGGGCGCGCUGGUGGGGAGGAAGUUUGGCCAGGAGGGGGAUGUCGAGAGGGCCCGCCAAAUCGUCCACCAGAGCGACGGCGUCGAGCAGACGCGCCUGCUGGCGCAAGAAUACGCAGACAAGGCUGUCUCUGCGAUCCAGAUUUUCCCCGACAGCGAAGCCAAGAAUGGCUUGAUUGAGAUGUGCGAGAAGACGAUGAAGAGGCGCAAGUAA